AUGUCUAUGAACAUAUCCCAGCAGUCGCCUUCUCCUACUGCAGAGGUCUUCUCCAACACCACCUGUCACACUGAAAACAGGCUUUCGGUCUUUUUCUCUGUUAUCUUUAUGACAACAGGAAUCCUCUCCAACACCCUGGCCAUUGCUAUUCUCAUGAAGGCAUACCAGCGAUUCAGGCAGAAGUCCAAGGCAUCCUUCCUGCUCUUUGCCAGUGGCCUGGUGAUCACUGACCUUUUUGGCCACCUCAUAAAUGGAGCCAUAGCUGUGUUUGUCUAUGUCUCCAACAAGGACUGGUUCAGCUUUGAUCAGUCCAAUGUCCUCUGUAACAUUUUUGGCAUGUGCAUGGUGUUCUUUGGACUGUGCCCCCUUUUCCUGGGUAGUGUGAUGGCCGUAGAGAGGUGUAUUGGAGUCACCAAACCCAUAUUCCACUCCACGAAGAUGACAUCCAAGCAUGUGAAGAUGAUGUUGGCGGGGGUGUGCCUCUUUGCCAUCUUCAUUGCUGUGCUGCCCAUCCUGGGGCUCCGACCCUAUCAGAUCCAAGCCUCCCGGACCUGGUGUUUCUACAACACUGAGACUAUCCAUGACUGGGAAGACCGUUUUUAUAUCUUGCUCUUUUCUUUUUUGGGGCUGUUAGCCCUGGCCACUUCCUUCUUGUGCAAUGCCAUCACAGGAAUCACGCUCCUUCGAGUCAAAUUCAAAAAUCAGCAACACCGACAAGGCAGGUCUCAUCAUUUUGAAAUGAUCAUUCAGCUCUUGGCGAUCAUGUGCGUCUCUUGCAUUUGUUGGAGCCCAUUUCUGGUGACCAUGGCCAGCAUUGGAAUCAAUGGAGGUGACUCACUGCAAACCUGUGAAAGGGUCCUCUUUGCUCUCCGCAUGGCCACAUGGAAUCAGAUUUUGGACCCCUGGGUGUACAUCCUGCUGAGGAGAGCUGUCCUCAAGAACCUCUACAAGGUCACCCGGAGGUGCUGUGGAGUGAACGCCAUCGUCAGCUUGCACGCUUGGGAGCUCAGCUCCAUUAAGAAUUCCUUAAAGGUUGCAGCCAUUUCUGAGAGCCCCACUGUGGAAAAAACAAGCCCACAGCCACCCACCGUCACAGGGCACUAA